AUGGCCAACGAUAAACUCAUCUGCGUGGUUGGCGCCACAGGCAACCAGGGCGGCUCCGUCGCCCGUCGCUUUCUCAAGGCGGGCUUCAAAGUGCGUGGCUUGACCCGCAACACCGCCUCACCCUCCGCCCAGGCCCUGUCAUCGGCGGGAGCCGAAGUCGUGGCUGUCGAUCUCAAUGACGUCUCGACUCUCAAGAGCGCCUUUACUGGAGCAAACGUCAUCUUCAGCGUGACGAACUACUGGGAGCCGUUUUUCCGACCGGAUUGUCGGGAGCAGGCUGCCAAGGAGGGUAUUUCGUGUCGCAAGUUUGCGUAUAAUGUCGAGGUGCAGCAGGGCAAGAAUAUUGUCGAUGCGGCUGCUACAGUGGUUGAUACGCUGGAUAAUAAUGGGUUUUUGGUCUCGACGCUGAGUCAGGCUGAGAAGUGCAGUGGAGGCAAGUUCAAGGAGUUGUAUCAUUUUGAUGGCAAGGCGGAUGUUUUUCCGGCGUAUGUUGAUGAGAAGUAUCCUGAGCUUGCGGCCAAGAUGUCGUGCAUUCACACCGGAUACUUCUAUACAAGCUUCAACAUUCUGCCCGACUCUUAUAUGAACAAGCUCUCUGAUGGGACCUUUGAAAUGUCCUUCACGACCUCCCCCGACGCUCUCGUUCCUCAUCUCGACCCAGUAGGAGACCUAGGCAACUUCACCUACGCCGUGUACCAAAUGCCUCCUGGUAAAGCCUACAUGGCUGAAGGCACAACCUGCACAUGGCCGGAGUGGAUCGAGACUUGGGGCCGCAUCAACAACGUCCCCGUCAAGUACCGCCAGGUGACGCCAGACGAGAUGACAGCUGCUACACCUGAUCGCGAUGCGGGUAUCGAGACAGGGUAUAUGUUUUCAUAUACUUCUGAUCCUGGCUACGAUGGCGGCAUGAAGUUGCUGAAGGCGAAGGAUAUCCGAGAGGCUGGUAUUGACUGCCCCAUGACGAGCUGGGAGGAAUGGGCAAAGAAGUACGACUGGUCUGCUAUUCUUAACAAAUGA